AUGGCCGCCUACAGCGUGUCCAACAUCGUCGGCUAUGCGGUACAUCUACCUACCAAAGUGGUACGGCUCCCGCUCAAAUACUCGCCGCCAACGAGGCCCGAAGACGUCUCGGAGAAGUUCAGAAACGGAUGUUUGGGCAGUUCGGAAAUAGUCGAUCUCUCGCUGCAAAGAGGGACGUUUUUCCCCGCGGCCCAGGUGGGCGUCACCAACGACAUGCGCGUUUUGCGGUUGCUGCCGCUUUUGGUGGACGAAACGACGCUUUUGGGGUUGCAGUUCCAGAACCUAAACAUCGAGCUCCCUCAUCCUGUGGUGAGCAACAGAACGGUUGCGUGUCAGUUUGUGGCCGAUAACGGCAACGGCGAGCCCUUCUUGUUGCUCGAUAUCAUUGACCAGAGCUUCCUCUUUCUUACGCUACGAAUUGAGCUUAGUGACUUUAUAGUGGGUAACACCAACCGACUCAGCGUAGAUAAUUUUUCUGAGUGGGUGAACAUUUCGGUGCCGUAUUCGUUCGAGUUGAGAUCGCUGCCUUUCUGUAUGCGCGCGUUGGACCCGGCGAACUUGGUGGUCUCGAUGCGUGAUGGGGGGCUUCUACACUUCUGCAGAGAUGAGCCUUUGGGUGCGUUCAACAUCUACGACUUCUCCGAGAAUGCGCCGCUCAUGUCGUUGAACAUUGUCAACUAUUUGUUCCGCAGCUCCGAGCCUGCCGAUUCGUCCUUGAAUGGUGUUCUGUCCAAUGCGGCGGUCGAUAUCGUUGCCCUCUCCAGCGAUGAGUUCGUGACUUUGUCCGCCACGAAAACACUUUCUUUCUGGAGCUUAUCCAGCCACCAGCAAUCGAGACCGAAGAUCCAGGCUGCUCCUUCAAAAGACUCUGUUUCUUGGCUCAGUACGGUCCCAAACCGGUUCCUUGUGGCCACUUCUACUGGCUCCGAAUCUCAUGUAACAAGGUUGUCUGUCUGUCUUCCUAGCGGCACAGCACUGGCCAACACUGCGGGCUCCAGUUUUGAAAUCUCCAGCUGGGCUAUUUCUGAAUCUGCACUUGAGAAGGAUUGGUCUUUUGCUAUCCAAGAAACUGCGGACUCGCUACUCGAAAGAGGCCUCGACUCCAAUGUGAUGACAGUACAAGACUUCUACGUGCAAUCCGCCCCAGAAACAUUGAAAUAUCACAUUUUGUGGAAGUGCUACACAUACAGCUCUGUCGUAUCUUAUGUUGUCAGUCCUGAAUCAGGCUCCAUUGAAAACACUACACACAGUCACAUCCUGAACAUUUCUCCUAUAGAAGAGCUCAUGUCCAUGCGUGGCGAUGGUGAAAUCAUUGAUGCCAUCUUCAAUUCCGGAAACUAUGACGAGGACAUAGUCACUACCGCUUUGGAGGUAUUUGAGCAAAAUCUGGGUAUAGCAACACCUAUGUUCACUGACGGAUAUUUACGCAAACACGUCACCAAUGUGAUCAAUUCUGUGAGCGAGUCUCACGGUGUAAAUCCUAAUUCCUUGUGGUACAAGUUUGCACUCAUUUGUGAUGAGUUCAAGAAAACAAGUCAGGAAUCGUUGGCUUUGCUGUCCACAACCGACUACAUCAUAACAUCUCAGGUGAACGGUGUUGGUGUCUUCAGGCUCGCACACUACUAUGAAGAACAAAAUUGGAAUCUCAAAUCUAGUGCCUUGGCGGCUCUUCUCAACUCUGUUGCGUCUAGAUUUUCUUUGAAAGUUUUCAAACAAGUGCUUGGAGAAAUCAAGAAGGGAAAGCCAAUCAAUGCAAAUGACGCUACAAAUUAUGCCACUGAUUUCUUAUCUAGCAGAAUAAGCGACGAGGAAACAGAGGACUUGAUGAACAGCCUAGCAUCGAUUCCCGAUGUCUUGGAGGAGAUUCAGUCCCUUGUUACUGACCCCCAUGCCAAGGAUAUUCUUGUGCCAGGUGUUUCUGCUCCGUUUACAGGUGAGGGAUGUGGACUCCUUUCCAAAAUUGUGGCCAUUGACACAUUCAAGAACAUCAAGAAGAAUCACGAACAAAUCCUCCUUAAUCUUUUUGUCCUUCUACUCUUAUCCGAGGUCAACGACACAAUUCUCGAGAUAUUUAAUGCUAUCAUCCAAAAGUUCAACAAUUACGCUCUCAUGACCCAAGUGUUUGAGCUCUCUUUCAAGGACUCUAGAUCCAAAAGCCCGAUCGAAACACAUUCCAUCUCAAAAUCCGAAAAUUCACUCUUUUGGAAAUGUGCAGUCGCCAGAAAUGAUUCUCUCCUUCAAUUGAUACUGAGAAAAGAGUACAAUUUGGCAUUCGACUACUAUUGCGAUGUUAUCCUUUCGCAAAACCAUGAAUCCUUCUUGUUGGAUAUCUUCCUCGAAUUGCUUAAUAGAAACGAGGUCAAGAUCAUUUUGGAGGAUCUUGUCAAAAAGAUUGAUACCUCACUACCGAUCAUCAAGUUUCUCCUUGGUCUUGUGUAUCUUUUCAACAAUCAAUUCGAAGAGUUCUAUACCACCUUUAUCGAUUACCUGGUAUACUCCAUGGUGAAAGACCAAACCACGAAAGAAAAGCUUGUUGAACGUUUGAACAGUCAAAAGAUCAUUAAGCUGUUCUUAUCAUCUGUGUUCACCGCGCAUAGUCUGGAUUUCGCAACCAAAGCAAACUAUUAUCACAGCUUGGGAAAUCUCUGUGUAGCAUACGCAGGCAACUUGAAAACAAGAGCAGAAUUUGGUGGUAUCGAUCUCAAGUUGGAACUUCUCCAGAAAUCUGUCUUGUUCGAGAAGAAGGCAAUCGAAGCACUCGAAAGUGGUUCAAAUCAGUCCAGCCAUGAUCCAUUAAAAAUGACUUACUUGCGCAAUCUUUACAGCAAUGCUGUUGAGAUAAAAAAUUACGAUGAUGCCGUUAGCGCCUUAAAUGAUAUUAAUGGGCAUGUCUCCCCGUCUGAAAUGAAGACUCUUCUUUCCAAGUUGAUCAGAGCGUUGUUGGUAAACAACAAACUUGAACUACUCUUCAAGAAAAACAGCAGUGAUUUGUUCAAACAAAACUACCUCCAGGUGGACUCCAUUAUAUUAGAGAUCGCCAACGAAGACUUGAUUCUUUCCAAUGCUUUAAGAUGCUACGAGUACUUGUAUUCUUGGAGACUUUUGGGAUGUGUGAACACUGCAGCUUCUGGUAAAUUCGGUGACGUUAGAGGUGCUGCUGAGGCUUUGUACAUCUUCAUCACUCGCUUCAACUUAGAGAAAGAUAUUUUGGUGUCAGAAAGCACAGAGUUCGAGGACUACAAACAGUUCAAAUUGAGGAUUCUCGAGCUCUACAAGAUCAUCAUCAACUGCUUGAAGACGUUCAAGGAAGUGGAUGAUAGGUGGAUUAUCAAACGAGACACCUCAAACCGUCUGGUUAUUGCAACCGUUGAUGAAUUGACCUUGGAGUACUACAAAUGGCUCCAAGAGCUCGAGAAAGAGCUUUCUUAA